UUGACAUAAACACCAGAUUUUAAGCAGGUUUAAAAAUGUUUAUUAAUUAUGAAAAAGAUGACAAACAUUCCACCCAUGAGGCCACUAGAGGAUGAGUUGUUCAUUUGACUGCAGGAAAGGGGUGUAGGCUAUUUGAAAAUUAAAACAAAGUCAGGGACUGGCCGGCCCAGCCAAUCCCAAUACAAAAGCACUCACAGCUGUUCUAUCAGUAGGUCUACCAGUGCCCACUGGGCGCAGACUUCAGUUCAACAUCUAGUUUUGAUUUACAUUUGAUUGAGUUGUCAACUAAUGUGAAUUCAACAAAACAUUUCACCAUGUCAUUGGAUUUAGGUUCAAAGUUGGGGGGGGAAAUAUGAAAUUCCCUUAUGUUGGUGACAUUUUUUCAAAUCCAAUCAAUUUUCCAUCAACUUCAUCACAUGAUAUUUUUUGUUUGAAAUUACAUGGUAACAACAUUUGAUUCAACCUGUUUUUACCCAGUGGGUAGUGUAUUGAUGCUGGGGUGUUCCUGUGUUCUCCCUUGUGAACUGCUCAGGCCGAUUGGGAAGUGCUGACUCUUCCUGCCAUUAGGAAAAGCCGUCAUCAAUCAAGAGUAUGCACUCUUGAGUAAACAGUAAUUACGUUUGUGUACUUUGAUAUCCCAGAUAGGACAUGACAGGAAUUUCCUUCCCCGUUGACGCCCCAGCAAGCCGACUACUAAAAGCCAACCAUUAUCACUGUCUAACGUGGAGUUAGACUGUGGUAAUAGUCGGCUUGCUAGGAGAAGCACACUGAGGGAACCAACACAGGCUGCCUCAGGCUGAAGUACCAAAUCAAAGAAGGCACCUGCCCACAUAAACUAGGCACCCAGAGUGUGUAUGCCAGAGGCUAAAGAGUACUUCUACCAGGCUUGUACAGGAAACGGCUUAUUAUGACGAUCUACCAUGUAUAUGGUUGAAAAGUUUGGAGCAGCGGUUUUCACUGAAUUGGUUCAUUUCCUAAGGAAGCUUAAAAGGAGUUGAAGCAACUGCUCAUCUAAUACAGGUCAUGUGAAGGACACACGUCCAUGGAAUUAGCCUUUGAUCUGUAAAUCACCCUGUUCAGAUUUUUAUAAUCCAUUUUAGUACUUCUUAAGGAAGGGCUUGUGAGCAGACAUUUUGACUUGACAACCCUGCAUGCCAGUAACUCAUGAGGAAUAACCAUUUCUGAAAAUGGACUGAAUAUAAGUUCCAAUAGACCUCCAGAGACCCCCAGAGAGCCAGGAGGAAUAGCCCAGACCAAGUCCUCGCAUCAUGGGUGAGUGGAGCUUCCUCAGCGGCCUCUUCGAUGCCCUCCAGGUCCACUCCCCUAUGCUGGGCCGCUUCUGGCUGCUGCUCAUGCUGGUCUUCCGCAUCCUCAUCCUGGGCACUGUCGCCGGCGACUUGUUCGAAGACGAGCAGGGGGAGUUUGCCUGUAACACACUGCAGCCGGGCUGCAAGCAGGUGUGUUACGAUGAUGCCUUCCCCAUCUCCCAGUACCGCUUUUGGGUGUUCCACAUAGUCCUCAUCUCCACUCCGUCCCUCAUCUUCCUCAUGUACGCCAUGCACCACCACAACAAGAGGACCAUGCAGUUAGGCCAGCCAAGGUUCAGCCAGCUAAUUAGCAACGCCGCCAGAGAAGAGCGCCAUCUCCGACAGCUCUAUGUUAUAAACGUGGCCUUCCGUUUGGUGACAGAAGUGGGAUUUCUGGUAGGUCAGUGGUGGCUGUACGGUUUCCAGGUUGAGGCCCAGUUCCCAUGCAGCCGCUUCCCAUGCCCCUACACGGUGGACUGCUUUGUGUCACGCCCCAUGGAGAAGACAGUCUUCCUCUGUUUCUACUUCGCCGUGGGAGUGGUAUCUGCCUUGUCCAGUUUCGUAGAGCUCGUCUACGCUUCAUUGAAGUGGUUCCGUCCCACCGGGGAGCAGCCAGAGGAGCGGGUAUGUGACUGUCAGAAGCUCCGGAACCUGCAGCAGGAGGAGGUGGAGAUGGAGGAGGAGGAGGAGCAGAAAAGGAGGGGAAGGACCAUGUCCGAGGGUGGGAGUAGUAGCGUCAGAAUGAAGGGAGGGGCGGUGAGGGGCAGCGCCAGCAGGAAGGUGUCUAGCAUUGGACACAAGAGCGUCGGAUAUCAGGGAAACAACCAGAGCACCAAGACCAGUGUUUCUCCUAUAUUCAUUUAGCAGGUGUGGAAAUUGUUGCCACUGCUGCAAAAAAUUAUGAUGUAAUUUUUGGUUUUAAUAUAUAUUUCUGCCAGACACACUUUUAAAUGGAUAGUCGUUGACUCAGUGACUGGAAGUCUAUGGGAACAGCUAGCAUGUCGUUGUGCUAACGCUAGUAGAAAUCCACCCCCCGCUACCCUUGCCACCACUGCUGAAACAAAUCCUAGGGGAAACACUGAAGACAGUUACGGUGUAAUUUAGAUUCAUUUGAAAGAAAUCAUAUAUUCGAUUAGACAGUGGAUUUGAGUACAUUUUGAUUUGAUUUAUUAGGAUCCCCAAUCAUUUCUCUAGAAGUAAAUUAUCUCUCCAAUUUCAAUUACAACCGAAAGAGCUCAUGCUGUGUCUCUAGCCCUCACUCACCUCUUCUGUUUGACGGUGAUACCCUUCUGCUGCAGCGACUUCUCAUUGGCGAGCUGCAGGAGGGUCACCUCAUUGCGUCUGAACAGGCGGAUGAAGAAGGCCUUCUCCAGCAGCUUGUCCAGGGUGAUGCUGAAGCCAAUGACGACAGCUAGUUAAUGCAUUGUUGGUAUUACUACAAUAACGGUAACUGCAGUAACAACUUUUUCCCAUUUCGAUUACAAGACCGGGAAAUGAGGGGAAAGGAAAUUGGCCCACACUUAAACGUAUUUUCAUUGGAUUUACACAAAUGAAGGCACCGUGAAAGGCUAGUUACUGUCCACGGGGUGUACAUCAAAUUGCAUCACGCUCACGCUACAUAUAUAGGAGAUAGGCUCCUGCCCAAUGGGCCAUUCUGGCUUCGACCAGGCUACUUACUUACUUUAAACAAAGGAAAGUCAUGUGUAAUGUAAUGUUAUGAGGUUACAUGUAACAGGUUUGCAAUUUCAUGCAUUUGGAGUACUUUCUUUGUUUAUUUUUUGUUGGUAUUUAGACAAGUUAUUUCCCUAAAAUGAACAUAAAGGAAAUACCAUUUUCUCUAAUGUAAAUUGUGGCCGGAAAAGAUUUGUGUCAAUACUCCAUACAGGAACUGCUUGGAGACUAGACCUGUAAAGAAGUCAUAACGAGACUGAUUGGUCAAGGCUCAGGAGGAUGCAUGAACAACAGGGGGGGACUGAUAUCUGGAGCAUGUACACAAAGAAUCAGUAUAGGCACGGUCAUAACUGUGGCUCCAUGGUUUCCAAUAAGGCCUUCCUACAUCCAGCCAAUGUAUUUCUAUGUUCUUGUGUGUGGACGGUGAUAUUUUCCAAUGGCAUUCAAAUGUGCUGGAUUAUACCAAAGUAUUUUGCUGUUGGCGUUUACAGCAAAUGUCUUAUUCAUCUUGAUCCAUUUUAUGCAGACCAAGAGUGAGUUAAAAUGAAGUGCAAUACAGAUCAAAUAACUUGAAUUGAAUAUACUGUAACUUGGUAUGUGUGGUGUGUAUGAAUCUAGUGUGCAAAAUAUGACCUACAUGAGAUCCAUGAUUACGUCAUUUUCAUAAUUUAAUCUCUGCUUGACUGAACCUUUGCACCCGGUGGAAAGAGCCUUCUACAUAGUACUAUGCAAGGUUUUCCCGUUAAGAGUGAAUGAAGAAUGUUGCACACUGUCUGAUACUAUCGGUGUUGUGAGACUGAGUAAUAUCUUCUUUUCACUGGCAGUGAAAUGUGUGCACACAAAUAUGCACAGGGGUAUGCAAAGCCUUUUUUGUGACAUGGAAAUAAAUGUUUUAGAAUCA